UUUGCAGUCCGGCGAUCGUACUCUCGGUCAAGUGUGGCCAAGGGUCACUUUUGAAUUGUUCGAUGGUAUAUAUUCCUAUUCUCUGGCCCCCGUCUAUUAAUCAUACCAAUACUAGCAUUAAUUGUUUAUUUUCGUAUGACUUCCAAAAGUUUAACCCCCUUUUUGGAAGCAGUCCAGAGCAUCCCGCCGACUGCCUCCGCUCCGCAUCCUUUCAGAUGACAUUAUGGGCGUUGACCCUCUGUCUCCCAUUGCGCCCGCGCGCCUUAGGGCGCUGCUUCUCCCCGUUGGAAAGAUCAAACGGUCAAGGUUCUUGGGCUUUGCUACAAGACUACAGGCUGAAAAUGUUGUUCGCCUGGGGGACAUUAGCCCUGAUGGACGGCCCAAUCGAAAUAUGUUCUCGCCGUUAGCAUUUCCCACAGGGAUGAUUCUCUACGACCUCACUUUCUCAGUGCCUCCCACAUCGCAUCUAGAGUCGUUCCCGUUUGAAAUUUAUCGAGAACCCAUGGUCAUUAUUACUAUAGCCGAUGGAGCUGAACUAAAUGGAGGUGCUGUGCAGAAUGAAGAAGAUCAAACUGUGGAAGCCAAAAAUGAAGCAUCUCCCACUCCGGCUGGACUGGAUCAACUUCGACAGGAAGUAGAAUUAGUCAAAGAGAGGAACCCAAGAGCCUUGGUGCAUCAGCUCCUAAUCUUCGAUUAUAAGGGGAUAGACAAGCUUUCGACCGGCCCAGAUGAUAUCUUAUGGAUUCCGCGGCCUGAGGCCUCCAAGGCUACUACGAUAAAGACUGUAUUAUGCGAUAUUACCUCUCUACUUCUUUCCGAGCUAGACGGGUUUGCGAGGACCAUGCAGAGUAUACCAUCCCUCGAGUCCCCUCGGGCGUCAUCUUGGGGUCCGCAUCGGGGCCCAGAUAUACGCCCCCGUCCCACCGACAGAUUGUUUCAUCGGAUGACUAUGCCUGCGCAGCUGCCAUCUAAUCCGAAUGGUACACCUGAAACUUCUCUCAGUUCCAGCCAAUGCUCGCCCGUCCCCAGCGAACAUGAGACACCAACAACUUUCGAUGAGAUAACCCGGUCUAUCCAACUGUCUAACCGCUCUAACUCGGCUGGAAAACCCAACUCCUUGCCGGGUUCAAAAGAACAUAGCCGUGACCGGAUGUCCGUAAGUAGUAUGAGUGCCACUGAUCGUACUAAGAAUCGGAUCAAGGGCCGUGCGGGUGUUGUCAUUGGAACGCUUUUUCUCCAGGCCGGAAGGUGGCCGGAUGCCUUGAAAGAACUGGUUGAAGCUGCGUCCAACGCUAGAGCAUGUAGUGAUUAUGUUUGGCAUGCUAAAGCACUUGAAUCGAUCCUUCUCUGCCUGUUGAUGUUUGCGUGGGCAGGGAUGGAUUUUCAGAUUCCUCCCAUUUGUUAUCCUGUUGCCGACAAGUCCUUAAAAUCUUCAUUUAACCUCGACAUCGCUUCGGGACCGUCCACUCCUGGAAAUCGGGUUAUCUCGCUUCAGAAUUUGUCGAACCUCUUGCCUGACCUCUUGAACAAUAUACUGAAUCUCUACAAUCGGGCCGCUAACAUAGCCAAUGCACCCUUGCCUCAGCUCAUCUUCUCAGAAACGGUGAUCCGCCUUGGAAGGUUAUUGGUGGCUGCACGCAUCCGUGAUGGUGCACUGGAUGAUGUAGCCUUGAAACACAUCGUUAUGGGCGAACCUCUCCAGCCUCUUCACCGACCAGAGCGUCCUCGUGGCUUAGUCAUCCUUCGCAAGUCUGACAUUGCUGACUUUCUGUUUCGUGCAAUGCCAUUGUCACCUGGGUCGGAUCUUCCUGCAACGGACGCGAUUCCUAUUAUGAUUGGUGUCGUCUCUGUUCUUGACACUCUUGGCCUACCUAGGAAAAAGGCUUUCAUCUUGAGAGAACUCCUGUCCAUGCUUGUUCCAACACUUGUUCAAGCACGUAAAAUCGGUGCAGCAGAGGUAGGAAUACAUCCUGCUGCUGGUUUAGCGUCUCUCAGCGACACGGCUUUUGAUAUCAAUGCUCUGGACAUUGGCCCUGGGAACAUGGAAGAUAGCAUGCGCUCCCUUCUUGCUACGGUCGGGGAGACAUACGGCGUCCAGACUUCGUCCUUCCACCAAUGGGAGAAGAGGCGGUCCGUAUCUGCUAACGGAACAGAGUCUUUCCCUGAAUAUGAUUCAGUUGCUGCUAUUGUUGAACGAUCGUUUCAUCAUGCCGCUUUAGAUGGAUACGGUGACUUGAACCUCAAGAUUGAUGUCCUUAAGGCAUGUAUCAAUGCUUGCGAAGCUCUCCCUGAUUUCGGUGGCGUUCUUCGCUUCACAGUCGAGCUGCUUCAGACCAUCAGGGGUAGCCUUAUGCUUUCUGAGACCUUUUACACACCUCCUUAUCUACCACAAGAAGAACAGAUCCGCUUGUUAAACAACAUCAAGCGAACAGUAGGCGCUGCGAAUAAGCUAGGCGCAUCCGGGUUGGAAGCGGAGUACUGGGAUGAUUUCUUAGUCCGAGGUAUUCAGCUCAUCACCCUCCCGGAUUCCAGAAGCCCGGUCCGUCGGUCUAGAUCAGAGCUUGAUGCUGUUACAGCAGAUCGAGAAAAAUCAACCAAAGACCCAUUUCUGUACAAUCCUUUCCAGAAAGCAAGUAACAAGACGACAGAAUUACUCAUGGUGGCUGGCGAACACGCCCCCUUUCAACUUACUCUUCAAAAUCCUUACGAAUUUGAAAUAGAGAUUGAAAAGCUCCGUCUUGACGGCGAGGGUAUACCUCUUGAUGCCGUUGUAGAAUGUAUCGUGCUUCGCCCAUUAAGUUUGCAAGACUUCACGAUUUUCGGAUUAGCACACGAAGAAGGAGUGGUGAACAUUACAGGCUGUUUCGUUAAAGUCCGACACUGCAGGGAACGACGGUUUCCCAUCUUCAAUGGUCUGUGGCGGCCUGACCCCGAAAUGAAAUUCAAGCGCACUGGUUUGGCAGCUAAACAGCCUAUGACGGAGCGACCUCUUUCCUGGAGCUCAACCACUUCGAGGGACGGCAAGCCACUGGCAAAGAAGGGUCCAGAUACAGCAUCCUGCGAGAUUAAGGUCAUCGGUCGACAGCCGUCCCUUGUUAUCGAGUCUCUCUCCCUACUACAGUCCGCAUUUAUGGUCUUGGAAGGUGAAAUAGGAUCUUUCGAGAUCACUCUACGAAAUACGUCACCAUGCCCGCUUGAUUUCAUACUAUUUACUUUUCAGGACUCUACUACGAGACAAAUCCAGAAUGCUCUGAGCAACAGGGAUCUGCUACCGGUGGAGGUGUAUGAGCUUGAGCUAAAGCUGUCAAGGCCCGCUUUGCGGUGGCGGCGCGAAGGCAAAAUCCCGGGUGAUCAUUCAAUAUCCCCCGGUCAAUGUGCUACAUUUACUGUGGAUAUUAUUGGAAAGCCCGGCUUGCAAGAUACGACGGUGCAGAUCGAUUACUCCUGUGUUGGGCAGACUCGUGGCGAACUGCCUGAUGUGUUCUAUACCCGGCAAUUAUUUAUCCCGCUCACCGUUACAGUCAAUGCUAGCAUAGAAAUUGCUCGUUGUGACAUACUGCCAUUUAGUGAUGACUUCGCCUGGUGGAACUGUCAAGACAUUGAUUCCGGGGGUGAGUCUGCUUUGGCAAUAAAUACAGCUCCACCGCUCUCCCUCAAUAGCGAUAUAUUUUCCCCUGUACUCUCUCACCUUGGGCGAGGCACAUAUGGCUCUGAUCACUGUCUUUUACUACUUGAUCUUCGCAACGCUUGGCCGAGCCCGUUAACAGUGUCAUUGCAAGCUAGCGGACAGCCUGUCGACCCCUCAGAACUAUCGACAGAGGACGCCGGGUCGAAAGAUAGCCGGUACACCGUUUCCGGAGAACUUCAACCAGGACAAACAUCACGCUUUGUCCUCAUUCUUCCCCGCGUCUAUCUGGAUAACCCCCAUGCUUCGAUCCCAGUCUUAAAUACCGGAGUCAAGAGACAAUUUGUUGUAAGCGCUCAUAAACUUUCAUUCGACGCUGAGGCUGCAUCGCGUGAGGCAUUCUGGUACCGGGAAGAGCUCCUUAAAAGAGUAUCCGGGUUCUGGAAAGAAAGUCCUGCUGGCCGUGAAGGGACGAUCGACCUGAGAAAUCUACGCUUCAGUUCGCGGAUGGUGGAUGCGUUCCGGCUCGAGGACAUUGACAUAACAUUCGCCUUGACUCCGUCAUCUUGUGAGAUAGCCAGCUCCAACGGCAAUAGCGUUAUACAGAUCGGACGGUCAAAGUACAAAGUUCAGACCGACGAGAUGCUAAACCUCCGCGUCACUAUCCGUAAUCGAUCCUCCAGGCCUAUACAUCCUCUGCUUCGACUCCAACCAAGCCUUCGUCACCAACCCAACAACAUUGCCCUUGAUUUGUCGAAGCGUCUCGCAUGGACCGGCAUGCUACAGCAAGUAUUACCUGUAAUACAUAGUGAGGAGAGUACAACUGCUACCGUCGGGGUGACUAUCCUCUGUCGGGGAGAUUACGAGUUUGGCGCGUCUGUGGAGGAGUUGCGCCUCAUGAGACUUUCGCCUGAGACAGAUGGAGAUGCUCAUCAUCUAGUUCAUGCGUCAUUUCACGAUGACGAGGGGCCUAUCAAGGACACAUUUGGUAUAGACGUGGCCAAAAAGAGACAUAUAUGGCAUGCCAAAGAAACCUGUGUUAUGAAUGCCCAUGCUUAAUUAGCGAGACGAGAUGGAUCGCUUAGCGGUUUUCUGCCUUGAUUGGUGUUUAGAAUUAGAUUCUUGAGCGAUGGAUGAUUUGGUUAGAUGUUCUGAACAGGCAUGAAACUACAUAGCUUCCCAGUUGUUUUUGACGACGACAACGACGAUGACGACCGGGUUGCGGUCUAGUCCCUGGAAUUGUGUAUAUGGUUAUUUCUUUCGUGAACCCCUAUAUAGAUAGGCUACAUUGCUGGACACUGUUUGUACAGUACAUAUCAGACAGUAGGUCAAAUAUAAUAAUAUACUC